CAUCUCCGCGGUGGUUCUACAACUCUUACUUUCUUGUUCCCCGCGUUCUUCUUCCUCCAUCAACUCUCUUCCGCUGCACUACGCCGCCAACGACAAUCAAUAUGCCCGCGCCCCAGGCAAAUAAGCGCGUCAAAAACAAGCGCAUAAGCCGAAACAUCAUCAUUGGAUCCGAAGCAUGGAACCUUCCGCCACCAGGCCAUCCCGACCGACCGAAAGGCGUCCCCGAAGACCACACUAAGCGUUGGACCGUAUAUGUGCGCCAGCCUGAAGGCGACCCGUCCCUUACCACCUGGCUCAAUAAAGUUCAAUUCAAAAUUUUCAGCACAUACGAAAAUCCACUGCGGACAUGCGAGAACCCCCCCUUUGAAGUCACCGAGACGGGUUGGGGUGGCUUCUCCAUCGACAUCCGCCUGCACUUCCAGCCCAUCAGCGGCGAGAAAGCGCAGUACCGCCAGCAUUUUCUGCAGCUCGAAAAAUACGGCGAUCCGAGUUUACAGGAGAUACAGGAGAAGACGGGAUGUGUGCGCAGCGAGUUCCUCGAGGUGGUGCAGUUUAACGAACCGACUGAGGCUUUAUUUGAGGCUCUCACCGCUGAGGAUCAAUGGAACUACAUCAUGCCGCAGUCUGCUAAGGGCGGGAAGAAGGCGGCCAUGUUGGGGAUCGGCGCUAAUGGUAAGCCCAAGCGCGGAUACCCUAACGGCGAGCGCAGCGCGCAGUUGCCGGAGAAGGGUGGCGACGACGUGCCGUUUAGUCAAGAACAAGAGGCCGGGCUCAUCGACAUGCUGCAGAAGAAGAUGGCCGAGGUAGAUGGGCAAUUGGAGGCUGAGUCGAAGAAAAAGGAGGACACCGAGCAGCGACUAAAGGCUUUGAGAGAAGAGCUGGGCCAGGCGGCUGCUCAGCAGGCAGCGCAGCAGGCGAGUGGCGACCGGAGUCGGAGGAGGUGA